AUGGCACUCGCAGAUUCCGUCCUGAUCGUGGGCGGCGGGGUAUUCGGAUUGUCCACCGCGCUCUCACUCUCCGAACGACACCCAACCACCCAAAUAACUCUUCUCGAAUCCUCACCCACAAUCCCCAACCCGCACGGCUCCUCUGUCGACUCGUCGCGCAUCAUCCGUGCCGACUACGCCAACCGCGCCUACGCCGACCUGGCCGCGACCGCGAUCCGGAAAUGGCGCACGACCGCUUGGGGUCAGGAAGGGCGGUAUACGGAAAACGGGCUGGUGCUGGUGUAUUCCGAGGGCAACACAAUCGCCGAAAAAUAUACGCGCGAUAGCUAUGAGAAUGUCAGGGUGCUGGAGGGCGAGGAGCGGGUGACUUUUCUGGCAAGCAAUGCUGCCGUGGAAGAGACGGUGCCACGAUAUGCAGGAGGCACGAAAGCUGCAGGAGGGUAUCUGAAUCGGGGCUCUGGAUGGGCAGAUGCCGAGGCAGGCGUGCGGUUUGCGAAGGGGAUGCUUGCAGAGAGGAAAAAUGUCACUAUCAGGCAACACGCAGAGGUCGAAAGACUGCUCUUUGACGACGACAACAACCAUAAAGUCACCGGCGUGGUUCUGAAGAACACCGAGGUUCUCACAGCCGACCUCGUCGUCCUCGCGACAGGCGCCUGGACCCCGCAGCUGGUCGACCUGGGCGGCAUCGCCGAAGCCACCGGCCAGGUGCUGGCAUAUAUACAAAUCAGCGACGAGGAGCAGGCGCAGCUAGCGCACAUGCCCACGAUUCUGAGCUUCGCCACGGGCAUUUUUAUCAUCCCGCCGCGCAACAACGAGCUCAAGAUUGCGCGGCAUGCGUACGGCUAUCGGAAUCCGCAGACGGUGCAGGUGCCUGUCGCGGGCACAGUUGCGACAAUGGAGGACGUGAGUAUCCCAGAGAACGGCGUGUCGGCGCCGCAAGAGGGCGAGCGUGCUUGUCGACAGGCGCUGAGCGAGAUGCUGCCUGCAUUUGCCGAUAGACCGUUUAUUCGCACCCGGGUGUGCUGGUAUACAGAUACACCCAAGGGCGAUUUCCUCAUCACAUACCACCCAGACCAUCCCAAUCUGUUCCUCGCCACCGGUGGCAGCGGCCACGGCUAUAAAUUCCUGCCCAUCCUCGGCGAGAAAAUCGUCGAUGCUCUCGAGGGCACGCUGGAUGUAGAGCUGGCGCGGUUGUGGAAGUGGCCAGAGGUGCGGGCGCCGCGGGGACCAGUAGUCACCAGAGACGGCAGCCGCUCGGGGGCUAUUGGCCUGGUGCUGCGCGACGAGCUGGCCAGAUAA